UGCGUUAUCGAACUCCUUUUAAAAAUGCUUGAACAUCAACAAACACGCCUGAAAAGUGAAAAGUUUUGACUUGACUUGGCGUUUCAUAAAUGUUUGUUGUGGGUUUUUUGUGUGUAUUGUGAUUGUUACGCCGCAUGUGUCAACAAUCAGCUCCCCAAUUGCUGUUGUAUUAAAUUAUCACUUAGGCAAACUCAUCCGCCCAGAAAAUGGCGAAUCUCUCAGCUUAUCAACGAUUACGAAAAGCCAACCUGAACGAGAAUACGGAGGUGUUGCUGCAGUACGGCUUGCAGGCGCCGGUGGUAGAAACGAGUUCUUUGACAAUACUCAAUACUGAAGAGCGAAAGAAGAAAUCUGCACCUAAACCCAAACCGGCUAAGAAGAAGCUAAAGGAAAAAUUCCAGUUUGUUGGAAGGCGGACAUCAUUCCGAGUGCGCUUGAAGGUUCAGCAAGAAUGUUACGAGGACUAUGAAUCCCUGAAGGAUAGUGAUGAGGAAGAGCAAGACGAAGUGCAGCUCAUGAAAAAUCUUAGUCAACCAAAUCGUAAUGUUGCUCGCCCUCCACGUCCAAAUACUUACGGAUCCAUAGAUGGUGUUAGAGUUGGAACUUGGUGGGAAACACGUCUAGACUGUAAUUAUGAUGGCAUACAUAGACCAACUGUUGCUGGCAUCCAUCAAGGUCCAGAUGGUGCCUACUCUGUUGCACUCUCUGGCGGAUAUGAAGAUGAUGUGGAUCUGGGAGACUCUUUUACCUAUACUGGAGAGGGUGGACGAGAUUUAAAGGGAACAGCAAAUAAUCCAAAGAAUUUAAGGACUGCUCCCCAGUCGAAAGACCAGCAAUUGGUGAGAGGAAACUUAGCCUUGUCAAGGAAUGUGGAGACAGGAAAUCCUGUUCGAGUUAUUCGUGGAUACAAGUUAAACAGCAAGUUUGCCCCUGAAAGAGGAUACCGUUACGAUGGCCUGUACAACAUUACAAAAUUCUGGGAAUCUUAUGGAAAAUCAGGUUUUAAAGUAUACAAGUUUGCAUUCCAGCGAUGUGAUCCAGAGCCAGCUCCAUGGCACCAAAGUACCAGUCCACCGAAGGCAAGAACUGAUGGUACAGAAGAAGUAGAGAAGGAAAGUGAAGACAGUUGUAACAGUUCUAAUUCAAGUCAAGUAAUGAAGUCACCUGUUAAGAGAGCAUCCUGUUCUUUUCUGUCUGAGGAGACUGAUUGGCAUGGUUGGCCUAAUGCAUAUGAUCUUCCUAAAAUAGGCUGUUUAAGUAUUAAGUGUGGUGAUGGAGAAGAAAAGUUGUGCUUAACUGGAGAUGCUUGGAUACUAGCAGGAGACUUGACCCAAAAUUCUACUGUCACUAUGUCUUGUGCAGAUAACCACAAGAACUCUAGAAUAAAAAGUGCUAAACGUGUAACUUUUGAUGAUGAAGUUAAAUCGAAUAACCCAUAUGAGCUGAAUGAAUAUGACUGUAAGUUAGGUAUGACAUGUGACUGGUUAGGGUGGAGUGAAGAGGGCUUGUCUAUUCUCGAUUGCCCCUCAACUUUCAAUUGUACUUUACAUGAUAAUUGUUAAGCUUGAUGAAUGGCAAUUCUUUUAAAACAAUAUUUUUUCUCUCUAAUAUUUGUUAUUUCAAAAUAUUUUAUAUGUGUAGAAACUGCAUGUUUUAUUCAUUGGGUGUAGUUAAGUGAUUCUUUCCGUAUCUUUGACAUCUCUCAAAUUUUGCAUCUUUGUAACUGACUUGAAAGCAAUGUGUUCUCAUUCCCAUGCAAUAUCUGAAAGUCAAUAUAAUAAUUUUUAUUUUAGCAGAA